UGGAGUCCCUAAUCACAUGGGGCGAGUUGAUGAGGGAGUUGAAGAGUUCUUUACUAAGAGAGUCCUUCCUGUCGACACAAUGAAAACACAGAAUGAGUCUGAGGAACCCCCCAUUACUGAACAGGAAGUGGAAGUAGCGCCUGCUAGCGCCGUCCCUUGCCCCGCCCCUUCCAGAACCCUACGGAGGAAGCUGGGCGAGUUCUUCACCCUUAAAAAGCGGAGGGCUGUGAAAUCAGAGGGAAGCCAAGAGGGGAAGGCCAAGAAGACCUCCAUCGCCGACCUAAUUCGGCCUCUUAGGGAGGCCACCAGAGCUGAAAAAGAUCAAGUGAAGGAGAAUGAAAAAGUGAAAGAGAAGGAGAGUGUGGAUGACAGCUUUGUGACAGGAGAUCCAGUGGAAGCAGAAACCCCUCCUGAUGGUCCCACUCCACUGAGGGGUGAGGCUCCACCCCGUCGUGCGCUAAGAGAGGGGAAGUCACAGUCUCUCAUUCUGCUUUCUGGAUCCGCAGCCAACGCUGGGAACACCAAGAACACUGCACAAGGGAAGGUAGAUAUUCAAAUGUGUUCAACCGACCCUUUGAAACAAUUUGAUGGGUUAAAGCAAUUUGGUCAAUUCUACACCGCCUAUGAAAGGAUUGUUUUUGCUUUUAUUUGCUUCUCCUUGGUUCUGGUUAGUUUCAGAAACACUCGUCUGACAGCCAUCAUGGCUUUGAGCAGCGCCUCCAGCUCAUGCUACAACGUAUUGGUGUGUCCAAAGCUCAGCCAGGAGAGACACAGAGUCAGGAGGGAGAGAUGAAAAAAGCUGAAUCAGAGGGCACUAUCAUCGAUAAUAAACCUGAGCCCCCACCCACAUUUAUGAAGCCCCGGACCAUGUCCACUUCAUCAGAUACGAGACGAGCGGUCCGACAGAGUGUGUCCGCACAUGAGUCAGCUGGGAAACCUGCUCUGCCUCCUAAGCCAAUAAUUAAGCGAGGCCCAACCCCACCUCCCACUAUCUACAGUCAUCUCACCCCUGAGAAUGACCUAUCCCAAAUACAGGAAGGAGAAGCAUGUUCCCCCACAGACCCCACCCCUAGUAUCACUGAUACCCCUACCAGUUCUAAACCUAUCCCCACUGACACCACUAUUCCCAUCACUGUCCCAGAUCCCACUAACUCUUCUAUUCCCACAGACACCAUCAUUCCCUCCCCUGUCCCAGAUCCCACUAACUAUUCUAUUCUCACUGACACCAUCAUUCCCUCCCCUGUCCCAGAUCUCACUAACUCUUCUAUUCCCAUUGACACCAUCCUUCCCCCCGCUGUCCCAGAUCCCACUAACUCUUCUAUUCCCACAGACACCAUCAUUCCCUCCCCUGUCCCAGAUCCCACUAACUCUUCUAUUCUCACUGACACCAUCAUUCCCUCCCCUGUCCUAGAUCCCACUAACUCUUCUAUUCCCACUGACACCAUCAUUCCCCCCGCUGUCCCAGAUCCCACUAACUCUUCUAUUCUCACUGACACCAUCAUUCCCUCCCCUGUCCCAGAUCCCACAAACUCUUCUAUUCUCACUGACACCAUCAUUCCCUCCCCUGUCCCAGAUCCCACUAACUCUUCCAUCCCCGUUUCUACUACUGAUACUUCCUCUAAUUCAACCCCCAAUGACAUCAUCCCCUCUACAAUGUCUGCACCUACCCCUAUCAAUACUACAGCGCCCACCCCCAACACCACCACCUUCAUCCCCAGUACUAACCCUGCCACAACCACUACCAAUACCUCCAUCACAACUACAUCUGGCCCUAUGAAUAUUACAACUUCCACCCCCCUACUGACAUGAACUUUGACUCUAUCCCCACUAUUACCCCCACCCCAACUCCCCCUGCCUCCACUGACUCCACCACCCCAACCACCUCUGCGUCGUCCAUCUCUAAUCUAGUCACAAUCACCAUUACAAGCAUUACUACCCCAACACCUGUUAACACUAAUACUGAUACCCAUACAUCAACAACCCCCAUCACUAAUGCUUCUAGCCCUACCCUUACUGAUACUACCGCCUCAACUUCUACUGACUCGACAACUCCAACACUAAAUACUACCAUCUCCAUAAUUGCUUCUGCUGGCAACAACACUUCUACUCCCGCCCCCACUACCUCUCUGUGUCCCACCCCCACUAACUCUCUGUGUCCCACUACCUCUCUGUGUCCCACCCCCACUACCCUAAUUACUAAUUCAGUUACCCCACCUACAUCUCCUGCUGCUACUAUAACAACCUCGACCCUUAAUUCUAUGAAUGGUGCUUCCACUCCUACCCAUAUCUCCAUAAACUCCACGAUCUCCAACACUACCCAAACUGGAACUCACAAUACCAGCGCAACUAACUCUG